AUGGCCAGUUCCUGUGCCGACUGUCACUCGCUUUGGGUAUUCAGAGCGCUCAGAAGUGCGCAGCCACACCGGGCCCGGCCCGAGGACUUGGAGAGAAGGCGGCCGGGGACAGGGGCUGAGCGCCGGGCCUGGGAGAGCGCAGAACAGAGCCUGCGCUCGGGCGGCCGCAGCUCCUCACCGCGCGCCCUGGGCACAGGAAAAACUCUGACUCACAGCUCGGUCAUCUACUCAAACCCUCCCUGGCCUUUGCCUCCGCUAGCGCCCUGUCCCACCCGGGCAGACGCUGUGAUUCCGUGGGGAGUCGCGAUCCGCUCACAGCACAGGAAGGUGGUGUGGAGACGACCCGUUCUGCACAGCAACCUGGAUUCCUCUGGAGGGUUCCAGAAGCCCAUACACGGCCAUGCACUGCUUCUGCUCCUCCUCCUGGCUGGUGGGGCUGACACCUUUCACAUCUGUGCUUUUAACACCCAGCGGCUGACACUCAGCAAGGUGGCCAGGGAGCCUGUGCUGGAUACCUUAGUUCAGAUCCUGGCUCGCUGUGACAUCACAGUGCUGCAGGAGGUGGUGGACUCUACUGGCAGUGCCAUCCCACUCCUGCUUCGAGAACUCAAUCGAUUUGAUGACUCUGGGCCCUACAGCUUCCUGAGCAGCCACCUGCUGGGGCGUGGCACGUACAAGGAAAAAUAUGUGUAUAUCUACCGGUCACACAAGACGCAGGUCCUGGAUUCCUACGUGUACGACGAUCAGAAUGACCUCUUUGCCCGGGAGCCCUUUGUGUGCCAGUUCUCUUUGCCCAGCAAGGUCCUUCCCAGCCUGGUGCUGGUCUCACUGCACACCACGCCGAAGGCCGUAGAGACGGAGCUCAACGCCCUGUACCACGUGUUUCUGGAUGCCUCCCAGCGCUGGCAGAGCGAGGACGUGAUCCUGCUUGGGGACUUCAACGCUGACUGUGCUUCGCUGACCAAAAAGCGCCUGGAUGACCUAGUCCUUCGGACUCAGGCUGGCUUCCACUGGGCCAUCCCUGAUGGCGUGGACACCACAGUGCGGGCCAGCACCCACUGCACCUACGACCGCAUAGUGCUACACGGGGAGCAUCUCCAGAGCAUGCUGCGCGGCGCAGCCGCCUUUGACUUCCCCCAGAGCUUUGGGCUCACCGAGGAGGAGGCCCUCAACAUCAGCGAUCACUACCCCGUGGAGGUGGAGCUGAGCUAUGCGGUGCACGGGGCCCAGCCCCUCAGCCUGGCCACUCUGUUACUGUCACUGCUGCUGCUCCUGUCCCCCCAGCUGGGCCUGGUGGCCUGA